AUGCUUUAUGGCGGCGAGCUGGAAGAUCAAGGCGGAGCAGGCACCUCUCUCUCGCACUGGAAGCGCCUCGCCGCGAAGGACGAGCUGAUGGCACCUGUGCUCAGUCUGGCACGCUACAGCUCCUUGUCGCUCGCGGCCAUGGAGGAUAUGGGCUUCUACAAGGUCAACUUCAGUCAGGCGGAGCCUGUUGCCCUCGGCGCCAUCGCACGGGGUGCGCUCUUCACAGAGCCAUGCCUGACGGGCGGCACCACCAACACCCCGACGGUGUUCUGCGACAGCCGCAGCUCCUCGGCGCGCAGCUGCACAGCGGACCGGCUGAGCAUUGGACAGUGCGCCCUCACUACCUACUCCUCAGCUCUGCCAAGCUACGCCCAAUACUUUCCUAACCAGCCAACCCUCGGCGGCUCCCUGUCGCACAGCGACUACUGCCCCGUGAUACAGCCCCUCUCCAACACCGGGUGCGGUGGCGGCUCGCUAGGUGCGAUGCCGGGCAGCGUCACUGGCGGCAACGCGCGUUGCUUUGACGCAGGCGAUCUGGUUGUAAAGUCCCCAUCCACAAACGUCGGUGCCAUCUGCGCCAAGGUGCACUGCAACAACGCGUCACGCACCUAUGCCGUGCUGGUAAGCGGCGCGAGCAUCUGGCUGUCGUGCGGCGGCGGUGGCACUGGGGUGACGGUGCAGCCAGCAGUGAGUAGCCCUGGCAUGUUCAUGAAGCGCGGCACCAUUGCCUGUCCGCCCUACGACGAUGUGUGCUACGCGAACCCGCUCGCCUUUGCAGAAGUGGAAGUGAUCACCACCGCAGCGCCAUCAAACGCGGCCACAGCUGCCACGCACGGAAGGGUCACUAGUGGCCUUGUUGCUGUCGCUGCGUUGCUCGCUGCAUGGGUCUGCUGA